AUGGUGGAGCGCAUGGAUCGUCCGCUGAGCUUCGAGGAGUACUUCGAGCAGAACGACAGCCGCGUCGGCAAGUCUCCAGCCUCGGCGAGAAAGACCGCGCGCGAGGCGCCGCGCAGCGCCGGCGCCGUCUACGAGGAGCGGACGCCGCGGCGCAGCGCGUCGGCCCGGGAGCGCGCCGCGCCGGCCACGGGGACGCCCUACCGGUCCGCGCCGUCGCCGCACCGCGCCGGCGCGCGCCGCGCGCCGCGGCGGCGGAACGCGCUCGACGACGCGACGUCGGGCAAGCGGCGCGUCGACAACAUCAUCGAGGGCCUCACGUCCGGGUCGCAGCUCAGCGACCUCGAGCAGCUCCGCCUCUUCGAGGAUCUCGAGCGCGAGGUCGACCGCUUCCGCCACAAGGAGCACCUCACGGACGCGGAGGCGCGCGAGGCGCACCACGUGUCGUCGGUCGCGUUGGAGUUCAUGAAGCACGAGCACCACAACUGGAAGGAGAAGCACCGGUCCACCCAGUCGGAGAAGAAGGCGAGCGCCGCCUUCCGCAUCAAGUCGCUCCUGCGCUCCUGGUACAUCACGAAGAAACUCAGCCGCGCGUUCCACGUGCUGUCGGUGGCCAUGUACAACGGCCGGCGCCACGAGGAGACGCGCGAGCACCACGCGCGGGAGCUCGCGCGCCAGCAGAAGCACCACGAGCACCGCGAAAAGUCCUGGCGCGAGGCCCAGCACAAGGUCGCCGUCGGGCUCACGGCCGAGCGACGGGGUCGGAUCGUCGCGACGGUCGUCCGCUACCGCUUCAAGGAGAAGCGCGAGCGCGGCCUGCGGCACGCGCUGCGCGUCUGGCACGUGGGCAUCACGCGGUCGAACAUCGACGCGGAGGGCUGCGUGCGGGGCAUCGGCCUCGUGAGCCGCGCGUGGCGCCGCCAGUGGCGCCAGGUGCUCGCGGCGUCGCUGUCGACGUGGCGGAGCCGCGCCGUCGUCGAGGAGCGGAACCGCUUCGCGCUCGUGCGGGGGCUGGGAGCCGUCCGCCGCGCCCUGGAGCGGGGCCACGCCGUCCGGAGCCGCGUCGCGCUCAAGGCCUGGGCCGCGAACGCGCGGCGAUCGCGCGUCGCCGAGGCGUCGAAGGCGCAGGCCGCGCUCCUCGUCGGCCGCGUGGCGAAGCGCUGGUCCGGCGGCGCGCUCGGCCGGGGCUGGGCCCGGUGGCGGCUCCUCGUGCACCGGGCCCGGGGCCUCGAGCGCGUAAAGCGGCGCCUCGCGCGGUCGCGCGCCGGCCGCGCCGUCGACCGAUGGCGAGCGUCGACGGCGAACCACGCGAAGCUACGGUCGCUGCUCCAGCGCGGCGUCGUCGUCUGGAGCCGCGCGACCCUCCAGCGCGGCCUGCGGACCUGGCGCGGCGCGACGGCGAGGCUUUCGAAGGACGCGCGGCUCGAGCGACGGCGCGCGGCCGUCGUCGACCGGUGCCGCCGGCGCCUCGCGAACCACGCGACGGGAAGAGCCUACGCGGGCUGGCGGGCCUUCGCCGCCGAACGGAAGCGGCUGCGCGGCCUCGUGCGCCGCUGCGUCCUGCGGCUGACGCAGGGCGCGCUCGGGCCCGCGCUCCGGAGCUGGCGCCUGCACCGCGACGCCGCGAUCCGCCGCGAGGCCGAGGCUCUCGUCGCGAAGCGGCGCGCCGAGGCCGCGGCCAUGAAGUGCCGCCUGCGCUUCCUGCGCGCCCUCGAGCACCGCGCCUGGAACGCCUGGGUCGGCCACGUCGGCGAGCGGAAGCGGCUGCGGUCCGCGCUCAAGCACGCGACGCUGCGCUUCCGCCACUCCAAGGUCGCGCCGGCCCUCGGCACCUGGCGCCUCUUCGCGCAAAAGGCCGCCGACGCGGACCGCGACGGGCGGAACAAGAGCCGGUCCGCGACCAUGGUCGACCGGGCCAUCCGCCGCGCGUCGCGGCGGCGCCUCGCCGCGGCGGUCCACACCUGGAAGGACGUGCUCAAGACGGACAGCGAGCGGUCGCUGCUCGCGCGCCUCGAGGCCCAAUCGCGGCGCAACGACCUCUUCGCGCGCAUCGCCACGUCCGUCCACGACCCGCUCCGCGCGCUGAAGCGGCUCGAGCGCCUCGACGUCUGGCCCGCGGUCCGGACCUGGAAGGAGAACUUCGCCGCGCUCCGCGACGCGGAGGUCUCCGCCGCGCGCAUGGCCAAGGGCGCGCUCCGGGCCAUGACCUCCGUGGAGACGCGCUGGCUGCGGCGGGGCAUGGCCUCGUGGCGCGCGCGUCGCGACGCGUCGCGGCGGGUCCAGAAGCUCGUCGCGCGAUGGAAGGCCUCGAAGCUCGCGGCGGGCGUGCGCACCUGGCGGGACCACGGCCGCGCGCGGAAAUGCCUGAAAGACGCGGCGGCGCUCGUCGCCAAGGCCCUGGGCCGCAUGAAGAAGGUCGAGGUCGCGGCCGCGUGGCGCGCGUGGGAGCUCGCGCGCCGCGCGUGGCUCGAGGAGCGGCGCGCGGCGGGCCUGGGCCACCGGGCCCGGCGCGAGGGCCUGCUCAAGGCCGUCAAGCUCUUCCGGGACGCGAGCCUGCGCGCCCUCAACGGCCGCUGGCGCGCGUGGGCCUCGGCGGCGCGGUCCGAGAAGGCGCGGCGCGCGAAGAUGCGCCGCGUGAUCCUCCGGUGCCUCCACGCGGCGCUCGCGACGGCGACGACGCAGUGGGCGCGGGCCGCGCGGGCGGCGACGGCGUCGCGGCGGAAGAUCCUCAAGGUCGUGUCGAAGCUCCGGCACCGGGCGACGGCCGCGGGUUUCGGCACCUGGGCGCGCGCGGCGCGCGCCGGGGCCGCGCUCGAGGCGAAGAUGGUCCGCGUCAUCCUACGCCUGGGCCACCGCGCGGCGGCCGGGGGCUUUGGCAAGUGGCGGGCCUUCGUCGACGCGGACCGCGGCGCGGAGCGGAGCGUGCUCCGCGUGCUCGGCAAGCUCGGCCAUCGCGCGCAGGCGCGCGCGUUCCGCGCGUGGUUCGACGCCUGCAAGAAGGAGCGGCUGCUGGAGCAGCGCGUGCUCCACGUGCUCCUGAAGAUGGUCCACCGCGCGGCGGCCGCGGGCUUCCGCCGCUGGGCGUUCGUCGACCGGUCGCUGCGCCGCGUCGAGUCGCGCGUGCGGCGCGUGCUGUCGCGCAUGUCGCACCGCCGACUCGUCGCGGCGCUGAACCAGUGGAAGCUCGUCGAGGCCUUCGCGUCGCAGCUGGAGACGAAGGUGUUCCGCGUCCUGGGCAAGCUCUCGAACCGCGCGGCCGCGGCCGCGUUCCGCCAGUGGGCCUCCGUCCACCGGUCCGCCGCGCGGCUCGAGGCCAGGGUGCUGCGCGUCGUCUGCCGCAUGGCCCACAUCAAGCUCUGGGCCGCCUUCGACGUCUGGGCCGCCAAGGCCGCGGAGCGGCGCGCCGGCGAGCGGAAGAUGGCGCGGUUCGUGCGUCGUCUGUCGCACCGCGCGGCCGGCGCCGCGAUGCGCCAGUGGGUCGACGUCCAGCGCUUCGAGCGCCGCGCCGAGGCCAAGAUCGGCAAGACCCUGCGGCGCAUGGAGCACCGGUCCGCGGGCCUCGCCUGGACGCAGUGGCGCAACGUCGUCGCGGCCGCGCUCAGAGGCGAGGCCAGGGUGCUCCGGUGCCUCGGGCGCAUGGGCCACCGCGCGGCGGCCCUGGCACUCAUGCGCUGGGCCGCCGUCGUCGCGCACCUCGACCGCGUCGACGACCUGCUGCGCGCGGCGCUGCUCAAGAUGAGCCACCGCCGCCACGCGGCCGCGCUCCGCCGCUGGACCUUCGCCGUACGCGUGGCCCUCGCCAACGAGCGCAAGAUGGAGAGGGUGAUCCUGCGCGUGUCCCACCGCGCGUUGGCCGCCGCCCUGGCCCAGUGGCUCGCGGCGCUCGAGAGCGACCGCCGCGUCGAGCGCUCGACGCGCGCGGUCCUGGGGCGCUUCGCGCACCGGCGGACCGCGGCGGCCCUGCGCCAGUGGGUCCUGGCGAACCGCCGCGCGGCGGACGUCGAGCUCAAGACGCGGCGCGUCGUGCUCCGGCUGUCGCACCGCCACAUCGCGGCCGCGUUCCGCGCGUGGCGCGCCGCGUGCGAAUGCCUCCGCGACGUCGAGCGGAAGAUGCGCCGGGCGCUCGGCAAGCUCACGCACCGCAAGGCCGCCGGCGCCUUCCGCCGCUGGGCCGCGACGGCGCGCGGCGAGGCGCGGCUCGAGGCGCGCAUGCGGCGCGCGCUGUCGAAGAUGUCGCACCGCAAGGCGAACGAGGCCGUCCGCCAGUGGGCCGCCGUCGUCGCGGCCGAGCGAGCCAAGGAGGCGACGAUGACGCGGGCGCUCCUGAAGAUGCUCGCGUCCAUGGAGGCCGCGGGCUGGCGGCGCUGGGUCUACGUGUUCCGGCGGAGCGCGGACGUCGAGCGGAAGAUGACAAGGGUAUUAAAGCACGUGCUCAACGCGUUCGCCGCGGCGGGCUGGAACCAGUGGGUCGCCCAGGUGGCGCGCCUCGCCGACGCCGAGGCCACGGUCGUGCGCGUGCUCAAGCACAUGCUCCACCGGGCGGCGUCCCAGGCGUGGCGCGCGUGGCACGGGAGAGUCGUGGAGCUCCGGGUCCUGUCGAUCCACGCGUCGGCCGUGCGCGAGAGCGCCAAGGUGCGCCACCACCGCAUGACGCGCGCCGUCUACAAUCGGUGCCACAGCAAGGGGCGGCGCCUCGUGGCGCUGGCCUUUAGCACGUGGCUGCGGCACGGGAAUUUGUUGGCGGAGUGGCGCGCGAGCCAGGAGCGCGCGUGCGCCGUGUCGGACCGCUGCCUGCGCAAGCUCGUGGCGCGGGGCCUGGCCAAGGGCCUGCGCCAGUGGGUGCGGGCCGUGGGCAGCGAGAAGCGGGACCGGCUCGACGUGCUCCGGCGCAUCGGCCGCUGCGUCCACGACCCCGUGCGCGCGCUGCGGCGCCUCAACGCCCUCGACGCGUGGACGGGCUGGCGCACCUGGGUCUUGGCGACGGCGGAGCUCCGCGCUCUAGCAGAACGGCAACGAGCGGCCUGCGACGUCGUGCUCCGCCUCUUCGCGGACGGCGACGCGCGGAAGCGGCGCGCGGGCUGGCUCUCGUGGCGCCUCCACCAGCGCACGAUGGUCCGGCUCGACCAUCUUUUUGGUCGCUGGACGCACAGCAAGCAGGCCGCGGGCUUCUCCGCCUGGGUCGACGUCUAUAUGCGCGCUUUGGACCGCGACCGCGCGGGCGCGCUCGCGCUCCGCGCGCUCCGCCAGCUCGCGCGGCGGGACCUCGCGCGCGCGCUGCACACCUGGGUCGGCUUCCUCGCGGCGGCGGAGGUGGCGAGUCGCGAGGCGCACGUGCGGGACCUCACGCGGAGCCGCGCGUGCGCGCGCGCCGCGCGGCUCGUCCUGCGCCAGGGCGACCGCGCGCUCGCGGCGGGCCUGCGGCGCUGGGCCGAGGCCGUGCGCGACCGGCGGCGCGCCGAGGCCAUCGUCGUCAAGACGCUGAGCCACAUGUCGCACCGCACGCUCCACCUCGCUUGGAUGGCCUGGCGCGCGGCCGCGCGCGCGGCGACGGAGGCGCUCCACGCGCUGGCGCUGCGCUUCGAGGGCCAGCGGUUGCGGCUCCGGUCCAUUCUACAGGUCGCCGAGGCGCGGGCGAAGCUCGACGCCAUGCGGGGGCUCAUGCGCUGGAUCUCCUUCGCGUCGCGGUCGCGGCACGCGACCGCGGCGCGAUCCGUCGGCGUCAAGAUGGCCGAGCGCGUGCUCCGCCGCUGCCAGAGCCGCUCGCUGAGCCGGGGCUUCCACGCCUGGUCGACGGUCAUGUUCGAGGACUCGGCGAGCUCCCUGUCGGCGAAGCUGCGGGCGGAGCAGGCGCGGACGACCAUGUUCGGGCGCCUCGCGACGUCCGCCCACGACCCGCUCCGCGCGCUGAAGCGCCUCGACAAGCUCGGCGCCUGGACGGGGCUGCGCACCUGGAAGGCCGCCACGGACCUGGCGCGCGCCGCGGCCGACGCGCGCCACCGGGGCGCGUCGCGCGCGCUCGCGUCGCUCCGCGGCGCGGACGCGCGGAAGCUCCGCGCGGCGCUCCACACGUGGGUGCUCCACCGGCGCGCGGCGGCCAAAUGCGAGCGGCUCGUGAAGCGCUGGACGCGGGCCGUCGAGCUCGCGGCCUGGCGGUCCUGGGCCGAGGCCGUCGCGCGGUCCGAGGAGGGCCGCCGCGGUGUCGCUUUGGCCGCGAAGGUCGCCGGACGCCUGUUGAAAAAGGCCGAGGCGCUCGCGUGGCGCCGCUGGGUCGUCGCCGCGCGGCUCUUCUACGUCGACGGCAAGAGCCGCGAGCUCGCGCGCCUGAAGGAGGCCCAGGCCUGCGUCCGCGCGGCCGCGCUGCUGUCGAACCGGAACCUCCGGGCGACGCACGGCCGCUGGCGGAGCUGGGUCGCGUUCGUCCGCGAGGAGAACGGCAAGCGCGACACGAUGCGCCGCGUGCUGCUCCGGGCCUACCACGGCGCCCAGAGCCGGGCCGUGCGCCAGUGGGCGGCCCAGAUCCGGGACUUCCUCGAGAGCGAGCGGCGGAUGAAGCGGGUCGUGGGCAAGAUGGGCCACCGCGCGUCCGCCGCGGGCUUCGACGCGUGGCGCCGGGCCACGGCGGCGGAGGCCGCCAGGGAGCACCAGAUGCGCCACGUGCUCGUCGAGCUGAGCAAGCACGCGCUCGCGGCGGCCGUGCGCCAGUGGAAGGCCGUCGUCGUCGACCACGAAAGGAAGAAGCGCCGCGUCCGCGCGGCCGUGGGCCGCCUCGGCCACCGCAAGGCCGCGGGCGCCUUCCGGUCCUGGCGCGACGCGACGCGGCGCGCGCGGGACGUCGAGCGCAAGUGCGUGCGCGUGAUCCUCAAGAUGACGCACCGGAGGACCCACUCGGCGUUCCGGUCGUGGCUCCUCACCGCGAGGUCGGAGCGGCGCGCGGAGGCGUUGUGCGGCAAGGUGCUGAAGCGCAUGGCGAAUCUCGCCGUGUUCGCCGCGUUCCACGAGUGGGCCUGCAACGCGCGCGCGUUGAAGGCCGUCGAGGAGCGGUGCCGCCGCGUCGCGUCGCGGAUGGCGCAUCGCAAACUCUGGGCCGCGUUCCGCCAGUGGGACCUCGAGGCGCGGGCCUGCGCCGCGGCGGAGGGGACGAUGCGGCGCGUGUUGGUGACCAUGUGCCACCGCGCGGCCCACGACGCCCUGCGCCAGUGGGUCUGCGUCGUCGCGGACCUCAAAGCCGCGGAUCGCAAGGUGCUGCGGUGCGUCGGCCGCAUGCUGUCCUGCGCGGUCGCGGCGGGCUGGCGCCGCUGGCUCGAGGUCGACGCGCGGUGCGUGGCCGUCGAGGCGACCGUGCGGCGCACGGUGAAGCACCUGCUCCACCGGUCCCAGUCGCUCGCGUGGCGCCUCUGGGUCGCGAAGACGAUCGAGCGCCGCGUCGCGGCGCUCCGCGCGUCGUCCGUCGCCGACGGCGACGCCGUGCGCCUCGUGCGCAUCCGCCGGGCGCUCUACCACCGCUGCCACGGCCUCGCGAGGAAGCGCCUCUUCGUCGGGUGGAACACGUGGCUCCGGAACGGCGGCCGCGCGGCGGCCGCGCGGCGGCGCCGGGACCGCGCGUUCGCGCUCGCGGACCGGUGCCUGCGGCGCAUGCAGCGCGGCGCGCUCUACGCGGGCUUCCGCCGCUGGGGCGCCGGCGCGCGGCGCGCGGACCAGGGCCUGCAGGGCGUCUUCGGUCGCCUCGGCCGCUGCGCGCACGACCCGCUCCGCGCGCUGCGGCGCCUGGACCGCUUCGACGCCUGGCGCGGCUGGCAGACCUGGGCGCGCUUCACGGGCGAGGCGCGGGCGACGGCGGCGCGCCGGGAGCGGGCCGCGCGCGACGUCGCGCGGCUCUUCUCGGACCGGGACGCGCGCGCGCUCCGCGCGGGCCUCACGUCGUGGGUCCUCCACCAGCGCACGAUGGUCAAGCUCGACGGCCUCUUCGGCCGGUGGCAGCGGUCCGCGGAGUGGGGCGCCUGGUCCGCCUGGCGCCGCGCCGUCGAGGACGAGCGGCGCGUCCGCGGCGCGGCGGGCGUCGCGGUCCGCGCGCUCCGGGCGCUCUCGCGCGGGAACCUCGCGCUCGCGUGGCGGUCCUGGGCCGCGUUCCUGCGGGAGGCCCGCGAGGCGGACCUGGAGGCGCGCCUCGACGCCCUGCGGCGCCGCGAGUCCUGCGGCCGCGCCGCGCGGCUCCUCGCGGAGCGCGGCCGCCGCGCCGUCGCGGCCGCGUGGCGCGCGUGGGCCGAGGCCGCGGCGGACCGGAGGCGCGCCGAGGCGCUGAUCCUCAAGACGCUGGGCCACCUCAAGCACCGCGCGGCGGCCGCCGCCUGGGGCCGCUGGCGCCGCGCCGCGCGCGAGCGCGGCGACGAGGAUCUGGUCGCCGGCUGGCGGCGGCGCGAGCGCGACCACCGGCUCAAGGUGCUGUUCUGGGACCUGGACGGGAAGCGGAGCGGGGCGCUGCGCAAGGCGUUGCUCGUCUGGUCCGGCGCGAACAGCAGCCACACGCGCAACCUGCGCAUCGUCGCGCGCUGCGCCGCGCGGCUCCGGCACCGGGGCCUGCUCGCGGCGCUGAACGCGUGGGUCGACGACGUCGCCGAGCGCAAGCGGUUGCGGGGCCUCGUGGCGCGCGCCGUCAAGCGCUUCGGCCGGGACGCGUUGGCGCCGGCCCUGCGCCAGUGGCGGAGCGCCGCGCGGGAGCUCGGGAAUCGCGCGCGCGACGUCCACGACGCCGCGCUCCACGUCUUCAAGCGGCUGCUCCUCAAGGACCGGGACGCGCUGCUGCGGGCCUGGGUGCUCUGGCAGGCCCAGGUCUGGGUCGCGCAGGAGGCCUACUGGCGCGCGCAGCGGAUCGUGCCCGAGGCCCAGCGGUCCACGCGCGUCACGCUCUCGUCGGCGAUGGCCGCGGCGGAGCGGACGGUCCGCCGCAUGCUCCGGAAGCGGCUGGGCGCGGGCUGGCGCGCCUGGAUCGACGCGCUGGGGGCGCACCGGGCGCUGCACCGCCGCGAGGAGACCAUGCGGCUCGUGGUAAGACGCAUGCGGCGCCGGGAGCUGGUCUUCGGCGUCGACGUCUGGGCGCGGCGCGCGCGCGAGGCGGCCGCGGCCGCCGGGGCCCGGGCCAGGGCCCUCGGCGCCUUCGUCCACGCGCUCCACCUCUGGCGGCGGCGCGACCUCGGCGCGGCCCUGCGGGCCUGGCGCACCUACCUCGACGGGCUCAGCCUCUCGGGCCGCGCGUGCCGCAUGGUGUCGCGCGCGUUCGCGAAGAUCGCGCACCGCGGCGCCGCGGACGCGCUCCGGCGCUGGAGAGCGUUCCUACAACGCCUCGACGCGGCGGAGGCGGCGGCGCGGCGCUGCGCGCGCGCGCUCCGGCGCUGGGACAUGCGGGACGCGGGCCGCGCGCUGGCGACGUGGCGGCGCAAGGCCGAGAGCGAGCUCGCGCUCGAGGUCGCGGGCCGCGCGGGCGGCGUCCUCGACUCGCCGGAGCGCACCUUCGGCGAGUGGUUCGGGUCGUCGAAGCGAGGCCGGCGGUCGCGGUCGCCGUCGCCCGCGCGGCCCCGCGCGGUCCCGAGGCUGCACGCGCGGCGGAUGCUGGCGGCGCACUUCGACGCGUGGGUCGGCCUCGUCGCGGACCGCUGGAACGUGCGGCGCCUCGCCAUGCGCGCGUCCGAGGACGUCGCGACGCGGCGCUUCGUGCAGGGCAAGUGCACGCCCAUCUACUUCCACGGCAUGCCCAUGCUCCGGGUGACCGCGCUCUUCGAGGGCGUCGUCGAGAAGGUCACGCACACCGUCGGGCCCCUGGCGAUCACGCAGCACGCCUACCUCCACCGCGCGCCGGCGGCCCGCGCGUCGCCCGCGAAGGCGCGCCGCGCGGCGCCGCUCGAGUUCUUCGAGCCGUCGAGCCGCGCGAUCGCGCAGUUCGACAAGGCGUGCCGCACGCGGCCCGUGGACACCGUCGCGGACCUGGCCUACGAGCGCGAGCGCUACCGCCAGGUCGUGGACCGCCGCGCGCGCGCGCGGCGCGCCGCGAGGCCCGCGGCGCCGGGCGCGGGGCCCGGGGACGCCUACGCGACGCCCCGCGGCAAGUCCGAGAUCACGAACGCGACCGCAUCGCUCGAGCGCGUCCUCGUGCCCUUCACGAACGGCACCGUCUUCUUCGGCAGCGCGGAGAAGUCCUAA